CGCUGAAUCACACACGUUAAACAAGUGGUAUCCUGCAUCUCGACACAGGGUGUUUUAAUAGUGCUGAUGAAGCAAACGCCCCUCCACUCCCACCUGUGUGCCUGUUCAGCCCCUGUGCAGGAUGUGGUCCAGCCUGAGCCAGUGGCUGUGGCAGGACAGGUUCUGGUUACCGCCCAACAACUCGUGGGCCGACCUCGAGGACCGGGAUGGCCUGGUCUACGCCCACCCCCGGGAUUUACUGGCCGCCCUGCCCCUGGCGCUGGCCCUGGUGGUCCUGCGCUUCACCUUCGAGAGAUUCAUCGCCCUGCCCCUGAGCCGGUGGAUGGGGGUGCGGAAUCAGGCCCGGAGGCCCGUGAAGCCCAACGCCACCCUGGAAAAAUACUUCCUCAGGGAAAGCCAGAGACCCAAAGAGCCCCAGCUGGCCCUCCUCGCUGCCCAGUGUGGCCUCACGCUGCGACAGACCCAACGCUGGUUCCGCAGACGCCGGAACCAGAACCGGCCCAGCCUGACCAAGAAGUUCUGUGAGUCCAGCUGGAGGUUUGUCUUCUACCUGUGCUCCUUCGUCGGUGGUCUCUCAGUCCUCUACCAUGAAUCAUGGCUGUGGACUCCAGCAAGAUGUUGGGACAACUACCCCAAACAGCCCCUGAAGCCGGCUCUGUACUGCUGGUACCUCCUGGAGCUGAGUUUCUACAUCUCGCUGCUGCUCACGCUGCCUUUCGACAUCAGGCGGAAGGACUUCAAGGAGCAGGUGGUGCACCACUUCGUGACCAUCACCCUGGUCACCUUCUCCUACAGCGCCAACCUGCUGCCAGUGUGCAAGCUCCUGCCUUCCACCAGCACACCCCGGCGUGGGGAGCGAGCAGGUAGGGCGGGAGCCCUCGCAGGCUCGAGCAGGGGGAAAGGUGGAGCCCCGCGAGCCCGCCCUCCCUCCCUCCCGCCGCCUAGGAUCCUCUACACCACGCUCCACGAGUCCAUCACCGUCAUCCAGGCGCCCCCCUUCUUUGCCUAUUACUUCUUCAACGCGCUCCUGAUGCUGCUGCAGGCGCUGCACGUGUUCUGGUCAUACCUCAUCCUGCGCAUGCUCUGCAGCUUCACGGGCCAGGGCCAGAUGGAGAAGGACGUGCGAAGCGAUGUGGACGAGCCGGACUCCAGCGAUGGGGAGACAGCCACGGAGAGCCCACAGCUGAAGAACGGGGCAGCCCACGGGCUCAAGGAAACCCCCAAUGGCCCUCGGAGCCGGGCUGUGGGGCGGCUGGCCAACGGGCACGCGCCAGCCAUGUGACCUAUAAGGACAGGGCCUGAGGAGCGGCCAGCGGCGUCUGGCAGCCGGAAGGGGCAGUGCAGCUGGACUGGUGGCCUCGCGCCAGCCCUGCAGAGACAGGGAAGCCCCCCCAGGAGGGGGGGAGGGCUCAUGAUCUGUCUCCUGCCCUCUGCCCGUUCUCCUUCCCCUAGGGACUGGAAGAAUGGGGCCCACAGCAAGAUGCCAUCACCCAACAACUGCAUCCUGGCUCCAGCCUGGGGCCUGAGGAACCCCAGGCUGAAAGGGCCCAAUAAAACAAAUGGAGCCAGAUCCUCUGCCUGAGAGUUUGUGUCCUGCAGCAGCAACUUGCCCAUCCCCAGAGACCCUCAGUGCAUCACUGCCACCCCGAGGCCUG